AUGGCGAUGUGUGUCGAAGACAGGAUCAGUAAUCUUCCGGAUCAUAUUCGUUGUCAUAUUUUGUCAUUCCUUCCCAUUCAAGAAGCAGUUCGAACCUCUAUUAUUUCAACCAAGUGGAGAAACCUCUUUGCUUCAAUUUCUACCGUUGACUUUGAUACUUAUUUACUGUGUGGCUUGACUGACAGAAACGUUGAUAGCUUCAAGAACUUUGUUGAUAGGUUGCUGAAAUUCCCUAAUCAACUAAGUUUAGAUUGCUUUAGGCUACGUGGUGAUGAAUUUGAUUCAUGGAAUGAUGGAGAUCAUGAUUUUGAUGUUUCUGGUUGGAUAUGUGCUGCAGUGUGCCGUGGUGUCAAGGAAAUUGAUUUGUUCUUGGAUAAUUUUUGUCGCACUUUACCAGAUCUUUUAUUCACUUGCCACUCACUGCUGACACUAACAUUGACUGCAAAAUAUUCUAAGAUUUUUGAGGUCCCAUCCGAGGUUUGUUUAAGGAAUCUGAAGACAUUGUGCAUUACAAACUCGGUACUCGUCGGUGAUUCUCUUAAUAGGUUAAUUUCCAAUUGUCAUGUCUUAGAAGAUUUGACUUUUGAUGAAUGUUCUGUUGCGAAUGCAAGGGAGAUCAACAUCCAAAUUCCAUCACUUAAGAGCUUGUAUUUAGAUUUUUUUUUCCCGACCGGAGCUUUAAAUUAUGUGGUGGUGAUUAAUGCUCCAAAUCUUGUUUAUUUUCGAUAUGAUUCCGUAAUAGUUGAAGGUUAUAGUUUGAGUAACAUGAAAUCCCUAGAAAAAGCUGAUAUUUGCAUCUGGUUUGAUUCCAGUAACUAUGAAACAAGUGCAACUCAUCUGUUUCAAGGAAUUUGCAAUGUACGGUCUCUAAGGUUAAACAUUCAUGAAGUGAUUCCCCUAGCAAGUCGAAUUCCCAUAUUUCAUAAUCUUGUUGAAUUUGAAUUUUAUGGGAGAGAAAGUUGGCUUGUGGAGUUUCUACAUUUUGCACCUAAUCUAAAGACACUUACGGUCAAAUUUCAGGUAAUGCUUCCUCUUAUCUCUUAUCUUACUAUGAACAUGUCUGCAAAUGGUAAGAGUUGGGUGAUGGACAUAGGAGAUGAUGGGGCUUACAUACUUCAUACUUGA